AUGCGUCCGAAAGAGUUGGGGCAGGGUUCAGCCGGCGACGGGCCGGGACCCGGCGAUCCGGCAGCAGUCACCCCAGCUCCUCCGCCCGCAGCCAAUCCCGCUCCAGAACCCUCCGCCGAGCCUGAACCCGCUCCUGUGCAGGUACCGGCGGCAGGACAGGCAGCAGGAUCCGGAUCCGCAACCGUCUCGGGACCCUCAGCGGGAGCUCGCCCGGCCUCCAAGGCUGGAUCGGAGGCAGGAGUCCAGCGCGCGUCCGCAUUCUCGGCAGUCCGGGGGAAUGCCCAGUCCGUGCCCGACAACUCGGACGCGCCGUGGACUCGCUUCAUAUUCCAAGGUCCAUUUGGCCCCCGGGCCGCUGGCUCGGGGACUGGAAAGGCAGCGGGCAUCUGGAAGACUCCGGCUGCCUACAUCGGCCGGCGGCCUGAGGUGUCGGGCCCCGAGCCCUCCUCCUUUAUUCGGGAGCUGGAGGAAGCGCUGUGUCCUGACCUACACCCACCAGUCAAGUAAAUCACUCAAGAAGAUGUCAAAGUGAUGUUAAGUUUGCUAGAGGAGAGAGAGCGGGACCUAAACACGGCAGCUCGCAUCGGCCAGUCCCUGGUGAAACAGAACAGUGUUCUGACAGAGGAGAACAGCAAGCUGGAAGCCAUGCUGGGCUCGGCCAGGGAGGAGGUCUCUCAACUCGAUGACCUUGAGGAGGAGGGACAGAUGUUCAUCCUGGAUUGUGUGGAGCAGUUUUCGGAGGCCAGCCAGCAGAUGGCCGAGCUGUCGGAGGUGCUGGCACUCAGGAUGCAGAACUAUGAACAGCAGCAGAGGGAGGCUGCCCAGCUGCGGGCCCAGGUCAUGAAGCUGCAGCAGUGCUGCCAGGCGUAUGGGGCUGAGGCUGAGAAGUUGCAGCAGCAGCUGGCUUCGGAGAAAGAAAUCCAGAUGCAGCUCCAGGAUGAGCUGCAGGACCUACGGGAGUACUCUGAGUGUGGGAGCAUGCUGACUGAGGCCCAGGAGGAGGUGAAGACCCUCCGCCAGCAAGCCCCGGCGUCCACUGGCUCUGUCACCCGCUACACGCACACUCUACCUCUGGAGGCACUUCCUGAUUUCCAGGAGACCCUGGCUGAGGAGCUCAGAACGUCUAUAAGGAGGAUUAUCUCAGACCCUGUGUUUUUUAUGGAAAGGAAUUAUGAAGUGACUCCAGAGGAGACCUCAGAUCUGGGCUAUGAGCUGCACUACAGUGAAGAUCGAGAGCGGCAGCAGGGGCUUGAGGCAGAGGAAGGGCUGAUGUCGGCUGAGGACUUCGCGCCUGCGGAGGAGUUGGUGCCUGAGGAGGAGCUGGGGGCCACAGAAGAGGCGCUGCCAGCUGACGAGGGGGUGACGGAAGAGGCAGAGCUGGUGUCUGAGGAGGCUGAGGCCUGGGAGGAGGUGGAGCCCUGCACAAGUGCAUGUGCGGAGGAGGCAACGCGGAUGAAUGUGGUCACGUCAGCCCUGGAGGCCAGCGGCUUGGGCCCCUCGCACCUGGACAUGAAGUAUAUCCUCCAGCAGCUGGCCAACUGGCAGGACGCCCAUUAGCAGCUGAGGCAGAAGAUGCUCCAGAAAGGUGAGUGCUCCCGUGGGGGCCUCCCUCCGGCCAGCCGGACAAGCUGCAGAUCGUCAAGCCGAUGA